CGGAAACUUUUGUGUGUCUAGGGCCUGAGUUCAUGAGAAGCAUAUUACAGUUACAACACUGUGUUAGGAAAACGUAAUACAUGCUGAAAGAAGCUGCAGAGUGAUAUCAAAGAAAAAACAUCUUUUAGUGGCACCCUCCAAAAGCUCGAAAGCUUUUGUCUUCUUUCAAAAACAGACCAUUUUACGAAAAAUCAUGGAUACUGAGAAAACAAAGGAACUCAGUGCGCAUAUCGCCGAGACCCUUGACGGCUACCUCAACGACAACGAAGGCUGGACUGUUGCUAAGAAGACGAAGGAAAUCACGGUAGAAUACAAGCAUUCGUCUUUCGAGGGAUUCACCGGACACUUGUACAGAGGCCAGAUGGAAUACAAAUGUCCUAAAGAAGUUGUUUACAAAUACCUUGACCCCAUAGCUGACGGUGGAUCACUGAGGAGGAAAUGGGACAAAGAUAUUCGAGAGUUUAAGAUUCUGAAGCAGGUGGAUAGAAAUUUAUGGAUUAUUCAAACUAUGACCAACAGUGCUGCGUUGGGUAUGAUAUCACCUAGAGAUUUUGUAGACCUGGUUCUACACAUGACAACUGAUGACUGUCUGUCCACUAAUGCGGUCAGCGUGGAGUACCCAGACUGCCCUCAUCAGGCCAAGUACGUCCGUGGAUGGAACUACCCGAGUGGAAAUGUGUGCUUGACCGUACCUGGAAAUCCCGACCACUCCCGUGUGGUCACCUUCGUGCAGCCAGACAUCAAAGGGAUGCUACCAAGGUCACUUGUGGAUUCCGCGAUUCCUACUUCAAUGAUGGGAUUCUUCAAUAACCUAAAAGACAUUCUGAAAAAAGAUGGGUGCUUGAAAUCAUGAUUCUGUACUUUUGUUGUGUAACAAACUGAUAAGUAUUAAUUACACACUUUCGACCUUUGAACACAUUUGAUUUGAAAGGACUUGGAUUUUUAUAAUUCUGCACAGCAAUGCACUAUCCAGCUUGGAGAUAAUCAAGCUGAGGACUGAUUUGUAAUAUGUGUUAUAUCAUCUUUGUGACACCUUAAGUUUGAGAUUAUGACCCCAUCGUUAUUUCGUUUUAUAUGUAAAAACGUAUCUUGUUAUUGUUGCUAUUUCUAGUAAAUCGCCCUUUUUGUUUCAACAUUCCUUCUCUCUCUGAUUCUUGCCCAUUCUCUCCAACAUCC